AAAAAAGUCUUGAAUAAAAAAAAUUUUUCUAUUUUUGCAUUAAUAGUAUUUACCCAAAAUCAAUUAGUUGAUAAAAAAAAAAUGAUUAAAUUAUGGAUUUAUAUAUUAUAUAUAUUAUUAAUGGUUACAACGCAGUUAAAUCAAAAUUUAGUUCAUGGACAAAGUGUAACAAACUAUAAUGUUGGAAUUGGAAUAGCUGAUAUAACAGGAAUAGUAGCUGGAGUUAAUAUGAUGGGAUAUGCGAUGCCAGGACAAAUCGCAUCAGGAUUACAUAUAAGACAAAGAUCAAGAGCAUUUAUUAUAAUAGAUCCAGAUACUGGUAAAAGGGUUGUAUUUGUUUCCGCCGAUCUUGCUAUGGGAUCAUUAGCUGUUAGAAGAGCAACUUUAGAAAAAUUAAAAGAAUCCUUUGGUGAUCUUUAUAAUGAUGAAAAUGUUGCCAUAUCAGGAACACAUACACAUGCUGGACCAGCCGGAUAUUUGCAAUAUGCGUUAUAUCAAAUAACAUCAUUUGGAUAUUUUAAAGAGAAUACGGAAGCUAUAUCAACAGGAAUUUAUAAUUCUAUAGUAAAAGCUCAUAAUUCAAUUCAACCAGCAUCAAUAUUCGUAUCAACUGGAGAAUUAUUAAAUACAAAUAUAAAUAGAUCACCAUUUUCGUAUGAACAAAAUCCUGAAGAAGAAAGAUCUCAAUAUAAAUAUAAUGUAGAUAAAGAAAUGAUCUUAUUAAAAUUCACAAAUGCGAAAGGUGAUGUUAUUGGUAGUAUAAAUUGGUUUCCUGUACACCCCGUAUCUAUGAUGAAUAACAAUACAUUAGUAUCAGGAGAUAAUAAAGGAACCGCAUCAUAUUUCUUAGAAAGGGAAUAUAAUAAUAGUACUUUACCUGGUGAAGAAACUAUUAUACAUGCUUUUGCUAAUAGUAAUUUGGGUGAUAGCUCACCAAAUAUUUUUGGCCCUUAUUGUGCUGAUACAGGAUUACCUUGUGAAUAUAGGACGAGUACUUGUAAUGGAAAGAAAGAAACUUGUUUCGGUAGAGGUUAUGGUUAUUUAACUGGGGAUGACAUAUAUGCUACAAGAAAGAUUGCGGAAUUGCAUGUUGCUAAAGCUAAAGAAUUAAUUGAUACAGCUAAAACUCCUAUUACUGGUAGUAUUGAUUAUAAAUUUACAAAAGUCAAUAUUCAAAAUUAUAAUUUUACUCUUAAUGGAAAAACUGUUUCUUUAUGUAAAGCGGCUCUUGGUUAUAGUAUGAUUGCUGGUACAACUGAUGGUCCAGGUGGAUUUAAUUUUAUUCAAGGUGAUAAUAGUACUGGUAACCCUUUUUGGAAAUUAAUUACACGUAUAAUAAAACAACCUACUAAAGAGACAAUAGAAUGCCAAAGACCUAAGCCAAUCGUAUUGGCUACGGGUGAAAUGAGAUCUCCUUAUGAUUUUACUCCUUCCAUUAUCGAAAUUCAACUAUUAAAAAUUGGUAAUUUUAUAAUUUGUGUCGUACCUGGUGAAUUUACUACUAUGAGCGGUAGAAGAUUAACUAAGACUGUAAAGAACAUUUUGAUGAAAAAAGGAGUCAUUGAUGAAAAUGGAAUUGUAAUCGUUAGUGGUCCUUCAAAUUCUUAUACACAUUAUAUUACUACACCUGAAGAAUAUCUCGUACAAAGAUAUGAAGGUGGUUCAACAAUUUAUGGUCCAAAUACUUUAAACGCUUAUCUUCAAUUAUAUACAGAUUUAUCUAUUGCAUUAGCUGAUAAUCUUUAUGUACCAAUAGGUCCUGAAGCUCCUGAUUUUACUGAUAAAGCUUUAAAUUUUGUACUACCAGUUAUUGUUGAUAUUCCUCCUCUAUUCAAAAAAUUUGGUGAUGUUACAAAAGAUGCUAAUAAAAAAUACAUUAGAGGUGAAACUGUUGCAGUUGAAUUUGUUGGUGGUCACCCCAAAAAUCAUAUUCAAUUAGAAGGUAGUUUUCUUUAUGUGCAAAGAUUGGAAAAUAAUAAUAAUUGGGUUAAUUUUAAAAAUGAUGGAGAUAUAACUACAAAAUUUAAAUGGUUGGGUAAUAGUAUUGUUAGAAUUACUUGGGAAAUUGAUGAUGAUGUUGAAGCUGGAACUUAUCGUAUAUUUUAUCAAGGACAUCAUAAACAACUUGGUGGUAAAAUUGUGCCUGAAUUCGGUAUUACUUCUAAUUUUCUUGUAUCCUAAUCCUAAUUCUCGGUAAUAUAGGUUUCUAUGUAAGUUAUUAUUUUAAAUGUUGUACAAUGUAAUGUAUCAUAUGGAUGGAUAUUAAGUUAAAAUAUAUUAGAUGUAAAUUAUAAUAAAAAAUAAAAAAAAAAAAAUUAAAAUUAACUCUAUUAUAUAUUAUAUGAAGAACAGAAUUUGAA